AUGACGAGCAAGACAUGGCUGGACUUCCUACCAGCUCCGGAUGUAAGUAUGUUGAAAAGAUCCUUCUUCACCGAGGUCACGCCGCUGCCGGACACGGUGAGACGCGAGAAGGCGGUCGCCUGGCUACAGGACCAUGAUUCGAUGAUCACACUUAAUCCUCUGGUUAUCCAUCAUGCUCCGACAACUGCACCCCCAAAUGCCGCUGAGGACGAAGUCGCUUUUAUGAAAUGGUAUGAGAUGACGGACGAAAUCCAGUACAUUCCAGGAACGGCGGUGAAGAGCCAAGUCACCUACAAAGGUGGCUUCCACGACUUGCCCGAUGGUUUGCAAACUCACGUCUUCGCUCCGGGUGGCGUGGAUAUUCUCGCGAAAUGGAGAGUCGGCGGGAACAUGCCUGGAGAACCGAAGGAACCCCUAGAGCUGGGCUUGAACAAGCCAGUGGAGGGUCUCUACCUGCGCGAGGACUACGAGCUACGGUGCAAUGUUCUUCUGACAAGCUUCGUGAAGCGGAAUCUAAAGAAGUCGCACGCAGAACUCGUCCGGAAGCUGAUCGAGAAGGUGGGCUCUUCACCAACAUCAAGCCGAGAGCAACUGUCUCGACCAGACACUUUUCGUUCAUCCAAAUCGGACACCAUGCAGCCACCGCGACACAGUAUGCAGGUCGCCUCUCCGGCGCAGUCAGAUACUGGUCGCACCUCUGCGGGCUCGCAGGAUCCCAGCGCAAUGGGCUUCCGCCGAAGUGGUACCGUUUGCAACUGCAAAAGCGACAAGCAUCUGAUAUCCUGCCCAAACUACACUCGGAUCUACAAGCCUCCAGUACUCUACGCGGAACAGUCUCAGCCUCAAGCUGCGUAUCCUACACCUCAACCGCAGUCGAAAUCUCCAGUUUCACCGGCUCUCAGCUGGACCGCGACCCCGACAAGCACCUAUCAACCCGAAGACCAGCCCAGCGAACCAUUUCAUUCUGGAGAAGCGGUCGUUCGAAAUUCUCUGGCGCCAACAGAUGGUUCCGGACACCCAAUGCGACCAGUCGUACACAGCGCGCAGGCUAGCUUCGCCCAGUCGAUGGAUGUUCAGGGUCGAAAUCAGUACGAGAGCGUCGAUCAGCUCGAUCAUGCCAUUCAGCAAAUGGCGAAGGAGUUUGGAGGUGACUCGGAAGCUGCGAGGCUUUAUUACCUGCAAGGCUACAGAUCGGAGAUGCCUUGA